CGCUGUCUGCUGCUGUCUUGCAAGUGCAGCCUGCACAGCGAUGAACUCACGCGCACCGCUGCAAUCGAUGCGUGCCGCUUGAAUGCGAGAAUUGGUGCAGUGAGCACCACUGUUAGCGGGAUCUUGGGCUCUAAUCAGCGCGGCCAGUGGGCUGUGCUCUGUGCCUCGCUGCCUUUGUUUUUUUGGGCUGCAAAAGCAGGCAAAAUGGCAAAGCCGUAGGCUCCCGUAGAGCUCUAUUCUGUGGUCUCCUCGAGCUCUGCCAGGCUCAAUCUGACCGCUGCGAACGCGUGUCGCCUGCAGAACGGGCCGCCGCCGCGUGCUGGCAUUGGCAGCAGCCAUAUAAGCAGCCGCAGCAAUCGCCGGCGCGUCGACGUAGCCGCGCAGCCUGAGCCAUGGAGCAGCAGCGGCCGCGGCGGCGCUGCUCGCUGGCGCGGGUGCUUGUGGGCGUCGUGAUCUUCGCUCUGGUCGCCUUCGUCGCGACGCACGGCUGGCUUCAGUCGCUGCAAGACGUCGAGCGCGAGGUCGAGCACCUCUUUCAUCCACACCAGAUGGGGCGGGAUCACUUCGUGCGCGCGCCCACGGACGGCGCGGACACGCUGUGUGACGAAGGCGGCUGCCGCAGCGUACCGCAGCCCGAGCUCCCCGUCGAGGUGCAGACCGACGCCACCGACGACGUGAGCCGGCCCGGGACGCGCCAAAACGUGGCCGAGCGCGUCUACCACCGACGGAGGCAGGGCGACGGCAGCACGGCGGCCGAGGCCGCGGCGCGCGCCGAGGCCGAACGCAGAGCCGCCGAGGAGGGCGAGCGGAAGCGCGUCAAGGCCGCCGAAGCGGCUGCCGCGCGCGAGGCGCCGCGCGAGACGCGCCACCAUUAUCCAAGAGAGGACGACGGCGCGAUACGGGCGCGGCGAGCAAGAGAGGUGCACCUGGGCAUCAGGGACGCGGGCCCGCACGCGCUGGCCACGGGGUACACGGGCAGCGACUUUGUUGAAGAGGACAACGAUCCGAACGCUCCUGAAGAUUUACAAAAACAUUUCGAGGAGACGGCUGUAUUGUGGGAUCGCGUACGAAGGGAGCUCGACAAGCUGCCGAUUCCGCUGGUCGAGGAACCAACAGGUAAAGAGUUAUAUCAUCAGGGCUACGAUCCGUGGGACUUUAAGUGUUACGACCUGUCCUGCCUCGAGGGGAGAAACCUGACUUACACGCCGCCGCCCGGCGUCGUCGUGAGGGCGGGCGGCAAGCGCGAGUUCGAUAAUGAAGGUCCCAACGUGCACGAGUCGCUGCGGAUGUUGGGAGGCAAACCAGCGACGGAGCUGCGCGAGUUCCCCGAGGUCGUCGCGAAAAGAAAAAGGGGCGAGAAGCCGUACCUCGAUGAUGAUGAUGAGGCCGGCGGCGCAUCUCUCGAAGCGGCCGUGGACGUCGGUGUCAAAGCGACGCCCGCCCGCGGCGACGACGACGGAGAGAACGCGGCGCCGGCCGCGGUGUCGGAUAAGAGCGCCGUCGUCUUCGCGGGCGGCUCGUGGGCGCCCACCGCGCAGACGGAGCGGACGACGCCGGCCCCCACCGCGCGGCCGAAGACGACGCUGACGACGCCCAUCGCGUGCAAGUCCGCCGUCUACUGGCGCGCGCCCUCGCACGCCCGGUCUACGUUGCGAAGACGGCAUCAAUCGGAAACGCACGAAAAGCGCUAUGUCACUUUCGAGCCGGACCACGGCGGCUGGAAUAAUAUAAGGAUGGGCAUGGAGACGGCGGCGUUGUUCGCCUGGAGCACGGGUCGCAUUUUGGUGCUACCGGCCAAAGCGCGACUGUACUUAGUAAGCAAAGCCUCAAAAGCCCACGGUCCUUUUGAUUUUUAUGAUUUGGAUUUGAUCACGGAGGGCGGCGGUGUUACGACAACAGAGGAGUACCUCAAGGAGAGGACUGGGACAUCAGUAGUCGAGGGGUGCGCUGACGAACACCUGGCGUCGUGCAAAGCCCUCCAUUUCAAGCUGCGAGACCUGGCCCAUACGGUGCUCUGGAAGCCUAGGACUGAUUUCUUAGUACUUGGGACACGUUUUGGAGCGCCCGACGACACGACGACUCGUAGUAUAAAAAAGCACGCCGCCGGCCGCAAGCUCGUGGAUGUUGAUAGACAUCCCUCACAUAACGCUACUACUAUACAUUUCGCGACCGAUGCAAAGCGGGAUUUGCGCUUCCUGACGCACUUUUAUACCUUUAUGCGGUGGUCUAGAGCUGAUAUGGGACGAGCUGCUCGAAGAGUCGCGAGGGACGAGUUACGAUAUCGGCGCGAGAUCCAAUGUGCCGCCGCGGAGGUCAUUGAUCUACUCAAGGAGAAAGCCCAUGGAAGGAACUGGACGGCGAUCCACGUGCGGCGGGGCGACUUCCAAUUCACCGAGGCGAAGGUCGACGCGAACGCGGUCCUCAAAGCCGUCGAUAGUGUGGCCCAGGAUUCGUUGAUCUAUGUCGCUACGGACGAGCGGAAACGCGACUUCUUCGCUCCGCUCGCGCAGAAGUAUUCACUGGUAUUUCUCGACGAUCUGGCGACGAAGGGUUCCAAACUCCAGGCCGCAUUGCUCGAGGACCCGAACUGGGCCGGCAUGGUCGAGCAGCUCAUCUGUGGGGCUGCGCCCGUCUUCCUGGGCACGUGGUGGUCGACGUUCACGGGGUACAUUACGCGCAUACGAGGGUAUCGAGGCUUGCGUCCAUCGACGUUUUACGUGUUGCCCAAAUAUAGAGACGCGUUCAUCAAGACGUCGAAGCCCGUCGGCGGCGCGGCGUGGUGGCGCGAGUGGCCGACGGGCUUCGAGGAUAUUGAUGACGAUCAUAGGUUGUUCGCCUUCGCGCGGGAGAUGAGCGGUCAUCGUCAUCAAGAUUGGCACGACGCCGAGUAAUCUUAGGUUGUGAUUA